GAGACGCGGAGGUGGACGCGUCCUGUCUUCAGAGAGACAGCCGAGCCGCUUAGUGUGCAGUGACAGAGGAAUUAAAGCGCAUAGACAAAGUUUUGUGGGACGAGUAUCUGUCAGCGCGGGUUUCUUUUUCAUUGGACGCCAUCCUUGUCCAUGGGUUCAAAUUGCACAUAGGAGUAGGUUACAAGUUUCCAAUGGAGAGAGACUUGGAGACGGCUGGCGUUACAAGCAUGGGAUUAUUUUUGUAAUGUGGAUUGCUAUUCCCUUGCAAGAAAAAAAAGGUCUGCUGCGGAACAAUGUGAGACGCUAUCCGUCUUGGAUUCUCGUGUUUCUGGAUAUCUUGAAAAUUAUUGGCAACAGUUGAGAAGCGAGAAGUUAUGCGCAAAGGAUUGUAUGCUCCGACCCCGGGACCAGCAUGGAUUUGCCAUUACAACCCCCUGCCCCUUGUUUAGAGAAGUUCUAGCCGGUCCACUUGUGUUGUUGUUGUUUGAGAACAAAUCGCCACAUUGGCCCCUUGGAUUUUAAAACGUCGCCUGCCUUUGGAUUGGAUUUCCAACACCAUGAACUUUAUUGACAGUUUGACACUAUUAUUUUUGACGCUGUCAGCUGUCAAGAGUGCCCACAUACCGAAGGAAACAGAAAGAGGUCCACAUGACGUGAUCCCUUUAAUGGAGGUGUACAACAAGAGUUUGUGUCAGCCUCGGGAGCUGCUGGUGGAGAUUCUGCAGGAGUAUCCGGAAGAGGUGGAGCACAUCUUCAUCCCGUCCUGUGUGGUGCUGACGCGCUGCGCCGGCUGCUGCAAUGAUGAGAUGCUGCAGUGCAUGCCCACGUCCAGCUAUAACAUUACAAUGGAGAUUAAAAGAAUAAAACCCCAAAGGCAACAAAACGAUAUUUUCAUGAGUUUUACAGAACACAGCGCAUGUGAGUGUAGAUUAAAGAAAGAAGUGAAAGAACAGAAAGAAAAAAAAUCCCGGACAGGCAAGGGUAAAGGCCUAAAGAGAAAACGAAAGAAAAACCGUGACAAAACAAUUCAUGAUGCUGUUUGUGAGCCAUGUUGUGAUCACUGCUCAGAGAGGAGAAAGCGUUUGUUCGUGCAGGAUCCCGCAACCUGCCGGUGCUCCUGCAAACACACAGACGAAUACUGUAAAGAACGCCAGCUAGAGCUCAACGAGAGGACCUGCAAAUGUGACAAGCCAAGAAGAUGAGAGAGGUGGAGGCACCAGAUGUACAAGAUGAAGGAAUAGGAGAUAUUUCACAGCACAGCACUUUGACCUAUGAACCGUAAGCUCUUCUUUUCUGUGGAAAGCAUUCCCCUUGGACUGACUGAGACAGAACAAAAAGAAAGACAGAACUGAAGUUUCCUCCCACUGUAUAUCUGUGUGUACAUAGACCAUGAUAAAAGAAAAAAAGAGUACAGAAUUGUUAUGCUGCUACAGAAACAAAUAACUAAACCCAUCAUUUGACACAAAGCAAAUAGCCGCCAUGUGGUUUUGCGUUUCUAACAGGCUUGUGAUGCAGGUGUAGUCUUGUUGUCAAUUCAUUGUAUGCAAUUACUUCACUGGAUAUGAGUCUACUGUGGUUGUGUGUCAAUCAUAAAUUGCAAAACCUCUCAAUCUAAGAUAUAUAUUUAACUGCUAAAACAGCGGGUGAGGCUGAAGAGGACAUGGGAGCGCUCUCAUUUCGAAACUGAUGGAUGGAUUUUCGUCGGCCAAUGUCUGCUUUUUGCUUUUGGAGUUUGAAAAAGCAGGACUACCGGGACAGCUCAUGGAAAUCUAGAAUCUGUCUGAUAUUGCUUCCUUUCCCGUGAGGACGUUGCAGGACUGACGUGGACUUGCACAAGUCGCUAUUGUGAUCAGCUUGCAGGAGAAGAGACUCUGGAGUGCCAUAUACUUUUAAAGGGAUACUGGUUAUCAAUAUAGCAUCUAAUGUUUUGCUAUGCUCUACAUGAAAACCACUGAAAACAUCCUAUACUGUAGUUUGAUUCCAUUUGAAAAACUGUGCCUCACGAAAUGUACUGAGAAAUCUUUCGAGUGCUUUUUAAAUUAUUUUUGUUCCUUUUUCAGGAGAGGGGAUUGUCAAAGUAGUUUUGUUAGUUGUCGAACUCAAUACAGAAUCCAUUGAUUACAUAUCUUCUUCUCUGAACUUGUACAUACUUAAUAUGCCUUUAUGCCAUAGUCCAUUCUAGAUAAUUUAUAAUGUUAUAGAGUAUUUUUCAGUAUUCAGUCUUCUACCCAUAUUUAAUUUGGUCUAUUUAUAUAUGCAGUGUUAUGUACCUGUAGCUGUCGUAUCUCCCCCAUGUGUAAGGUCACUGAUGGCUACCCUCAGCAUGGAGACUCUCUGUGCUUUUCUAAGUCACAAAAAGAAAAAAAAAAAAUCAAUGAUUUGUUAACAUUCCCUAAAUGGAUCAUGUGUACUGGUGUGCCGAUGACAUCUCCUCUGGAUUUUUCAACCCCUCUUAUCUAAGGGUGUGGGUGCUGUGUAGAAUUUUAACAGGCGUGUAUCUGUGUGUUUGUGUACGUGCGUGCGUAUGAGUGUGUGUUCACGUGCAUUUGCCGAUGCGCACAUCUGUGUGUAGAUGUUAGUAAGUUGUAUUUAAGUAUUUAAGUAAGUAGCGGACCUGUGUUUUGUCCGUCCUGCAAGAUGCAAAUACAAAUAAAGUACCGCUAGCAGCUCAGCAUACACUACCACGACACCACCACCGUUUUUAAAUUUGGAUAACAGCCUUCAUCCUUUCUGCCAUCAGUUUUAGAGUCCUCUUUAUUAGUUCUCUUUGUCUCUCCUUCACUAUUAACAUGUUUUCUGUGUCUAUGUAAAACAGUAAAGCAUAUUUAUUUUCAAAUUAUAUUGUUUUUAUAUAAAAUAAGGAAAAGGUUGCUGUGUUGUGAAUGCUGUGUUUUCAAGAGAUUUCAUUAGGCAACAUGAGUUUUCCAUGUUUUUGUGCAGCAAGCUGAUGCUCACACGUCCAGUACGAAUCCCUGCAGAAUGUAAUCUGAAAGGACGUAGAUCAGAGAAAGAAGAAAUCCCUGCACGCUUUUCAUGACAAACAGGCAGAUAUUCAGCCUUAUGAAUAAAAUGGCACUUUGAA